UGAAACGUCGAUUAAUCGACUCUCAAUUGCGAGACCAUACAAUGCGGGUGUCGCAAGCGGCCGAUCAUGGUGAGCGGAAGAAGCGAGGCCAUCUUAGUCGUUACGGCGGUCUUUCUGGGUAUAUCGCAGGUAACGGUUCUCUUGCGAUUUUACGUCCGAAUUCACAUUGUGCGAUCUUUUGGAGCCGAUGAUUGGAUUAUGCUAGUUGCAAUGGAGCCGCGUAUGGCAUGGGACAGAAGAUGGCCCAUUUCACCGAUCGUCCGGAUCACUAUCGAUGGGCAAUGCUGUGUUUCUUUUUCGGACAAGUGUUCUACGUCGUAACCUGCGUCCUCGCAAGACUUUCUAUCGCCCUGUCUCUACUGCGCCUGACCGUCGAACGGGUUCAUUCCUGCAUGCUGUAUAGUGCCACAGCUCUGUCCAUCGUUGCGGGUCUAAUAUUCUUCUUUUUUACGGUCUUCCAGUGCCAACCGGUACACUACUACUGGAACCGCACGGAUACCACGGGAAAAUGUCUGAAUAUGGAUCUUCUCCUUGGGGUGGUAUACAUGUACAGCGUGGCCGCAACCAUAUGCGAUUUCACGAUCGGUCUUCUACCAGCAUUCAUGGUUUGGCAACUGAAGAUGCAUCGACGGACCAAGGCUGCGGUAGCCGGGUUAUUGGGCAUUGGAUGUGUGGCAAGCUCAGCCGUCAUCGUACGCAUGCCAUUUCUCCAUUUGUCAAAGGACCCUGAAUUCCUCUACCAGACCACACAGAUAGCAAUCUGGUCGCAUGUGGAAGCCAGUCUCGGUCUGACGGCCGCAAGCCUGAUGACCAUCCGACCUCUCCUGCGUGCCGUUCGCGCGUUGUCGCCGGAAUCGAGUGGCCAGGAGGUUGACGACAGCGAUGAGCACCAAAUAACGCGCCCUUGUAUGACCCGGCCGUCCAUGCCCGGUAGAAGAGCGACCAUAGCAUCUUUGCAACUGACGAUUGCGUCGUAUUAACAAUACCAUAGCUAUAGGAGGGUGGCAACACUUUAUAAUACACUAACAUCAACACUAAUCGUUACUGCCAUGGCGCCCACGGGCGGCGGCACUGCGUGAUCUGAAAUUUGUUGACCUUAAAAAUGAUUGUAGAAGAGUUUCAUUCAUCUCGUUGCCAGCCAGUGGUUUAAUCUAAUUUCAACAGUUGAUGUUGACAGGAG